CUCAACUUUCAGACAGUACACAGUAUUGGACUCCAACCAAAUUUUUCAUCGUAAAAUUAGAGCUUUGAGUCUUGGUCUCCUAAGCAGCUACUUCAAAUCCAAAGGUAGGAUACAAGUUUUCAAAGAAAAUCGCUAAUCAGAAAAAAGCACCACAUUUUUUUAAAACUCAGUAUGGCCUCUUAUUAGGGGGCUAUAAUUUAAGUCUUGAGGAGAGAGAUUGAUUGAAGAGUCAUAAUUUUUUUUCAAGUUAAUCCUCUGAAACUGCGAGCAUGUACUUACCACAAUGACGAUAAAUCAUAGGAAUUACUUUAACAAUUUCUUGUCGAUUGUGAAUGUAAUUAGCUGAAAUGAAGCCGGGUUACCCUUAGCCGGAAAAAUACCGGCAGUGAGUUAAAAAAAACACAAAACGUAACAAGAAUUUUGAGGUUGGAUAUCUAUAACCAAGAAAAUAGCUGAUAUAUUUUGUCUUGCUAUAACCAAGGAUCUAUAGCACGACGAAGAAAAUCUUCUCAAUAGAAAAGCAAAGUGCCAAUAAAAAAGGUGGGUUAAGAAAAACUCAUUACCAAAUUCAGUUUGAAGCUUUUCAGAGGUCACUAAAGUUGAGUCACGAACUUUUGAUCCGCGAGGAGUCGUUCAAGGUUGGUCUUUUGUUAACCAAAGCCAAUUGUUAUUUGUUUUAGAUACCUCCGUAAUUAAUUUCUAAUUGUAACUUAGUCGGAGGAAGACUCUUUUUAAUCGUAACAAAGGAAAAAACAGGAAAAAAAUGAAAAUAAAGGAAUGAAACAAAGUUUCCUAACAUCUAUAGCAAAUGUUAAGCCGAAGAAGUAAAUAAAAUCGGAAAAAAAAAAUGCGUCGCAGAAUACUUCUUGCCAUCCGGAUAUCAUUCAAUUCAAUGAACACUGAUUUAUUAUCAUGACCUUUGGCAAACUGUUUUUAGAAGUGACAUUUAGAACAAAUUAAAACAUACGUUUUGAAACUUUCCCGUUAAUUUUCGAUUGUUUUUUUAUUUAGAGAAAACUACACUUGAGACAAAAAAACCGUUGGAAGAAAAAAAUUUUAACUUUUGAAUAACUUUUAGUCAUCAUAUGAAAACUAUUAAACUGUAAUGACUGUUAAUCCAGAUGAUACGGCUUGGUUACAGCAGAAAGGUUAUAGCUGUUGCAUUAUUUUAACUUUCUUUCACCUCAAGGUUUAAUUGGUAGUCCCAAAGUCUUAAAUAAAGUAAUUUUCAUAUUGAGCAGCCCAUAGAAGUCUGCGAACUCGUUUAUUUUAAGUUUCCUCGCUCUGUGAGUCCUUUGCUCGUAGGCACUGAAAUAAACUUUAACUUAUUAUUGUCAUUUUUCUUUUUGCUUUAGAAUUUUCAGAUGUAUUAAAAUGAUGUCCACUUUGAAUAUCCUGGUUUUCAUGUUGGUGCAAGGACAUGUGGUGAGUAAUGACAAACUAGGUUGAAUAAUUGGUUUUCUUUAAGAAAUUAAUUUUGAAUUUUAUAUUUGGGGGAUAUGCACAAUAGUCACUAACUGUGUUUUACUAGCUCAUUAUGUUAGAUUAAAGCUAGAUAUACCUAAGAUCUUCGCCUAAAACGUUUGAGAAAUUCCCCCAAACAGUGACACUCGUUCGCGUUCGAAAUGAUUCUGGACCGACAUACUGUAUUCAGUCUCCCAGGUUCCACAAAAAAAAAAUAAUGAUUGAAAACCGAUAAGCGACAAGUAACUACUAACCGACAUGGUCCAACAUUAUCGAUAUUUGAAUUAAGAAAGAAGAGCAUUUCCCCCCCGCCCUCCCAUUCACACCCUCAAAUUUUGCACACUUUGAAAAUCCCAACGCCAAGUCCUGAAGCCAACAUUCACACCCUAUCCACGACUCUGAGCUAGACGCUAUCCAGAAAAAAAAUUGUAUAUCAUUUUAAAGACUUCAAGAGCCCGCACCUCGUUUGGCAACUUACGCCCAUGUAACACUUUAACCCCUGAGGGCCCAGUGACUAGUAUCUAAAUUCUCACAAAGGUAUCACUUCUGAAUCAAAUAUUAGGCUCGUCGCGGCAAUUACGGAAUGACCGCAAACUUGAAUAUUUCGAAAAGAUCCUGAUUUUAAACUAUAUUCUCCUUGUCGGCGUCAUAGCAAAAGCAUAAAGAACAGAAUGGAGAAUAUAUCUGCUGACGUAAGGAUGUAAAGAGCUAAGCCAAAUAAAGGAGUUUUAUGUAAUGUGUAUAAUACUGUAUGACAGGUUUGCGACAGCGAGCUCUUUCCAGUUUCCAUGUUCGAGGUAGAUUCUGUCGAACACCAGCCGAUUGAUCCGCAGAAAAACGACGAAAUUGAGGCUCUCCAAGGAAUAAACGUUACUGAAAGGUAUACGACUAAUUGCAUAUACCAGGAGCUUAGCUCCUGCAACACAUCGGAUUGAGUGUAAUUCCAAUUACCUUGUCGUGUUUUGUAUUGCCUAUAUUUUGCAUCGAUCGUUAUCACAAUUACCAUGAUCAAAAGUAUCGUGACUUGAUUUGAAACAGUGAUUAUUAUGAAGCUUACCUAUCAAACAUAUUUCUAUAACUCAGUUUCAGGGCAAUGAUAUAUAUAGCUUCGGCAAAAUUCAGUGCGUUAGCUUUGAUUCCUUAUGGUACUCAGAUAUUUUCCACGUUCCCGACAGAGAAAAAACAUUUGUCUUCUUUCAUUACUGAGCUUUAAGUUACAAUCUUUUUCGUUCUUUUUAUUACAACAAGUCAUUUUUCUUUGUUAUAGAUUCGAAGACCCCAAAGUUACCACAGACGAUAUCACCUGGAUGAAGGAAAUUAUAAGUUACUACGGCUUCAAGGAACACCCUGGAGCUGACGCGUGGAGGGAACAACCUCUCUUUGAGGGUCAUCUUGGAAAACCGCAUUUCAAGACAGCAGCAAAAAAGGCGCAGGAUUUUUUUCUGAAAUUUAAAAAAAACGGUGGCAAGUCACCCUGGGAACUUUUACAAAAAGUGACAGAAGGUCAUAACAACAUACUCCUUAAAAUUACAGCCGUUAGGUAUCUUUUAGUUACUCACAUUCUUUGGCUUGUAAGUAAGGGGACAUUGACAGCUUGCAAGGAAAAGAGGAGCAGUUACACCGACAUUCCACAGAGUUGGGAGAUUCCCGAGGGUGGAGUGUGUUUUCCUAAACCAUAUGGCAGCGCCACUUACAAAUCGGACUACGACGUCGGGCUUAUAGGAAAAGAUUCUGGAACCGUCACUCAGGAAUUUAAUAGGUAUUUUCAAGCUAAAUUUUUUUUACCAUCGGAGCUUGUAUUUGACACAAAUGUUUACGCCUUCACUCUGGAGUUCGCCAUGCCUAAGAUGUUUCCCAGCCUUCCCCUCUCAUUUACUUUGGGUCUUCACAAAUUUGAGCAAUUCAGGUGGUACAAAAUGCAAGAAUUAGCCAGUGCCUAUUACAAGGUCUUCAAGUACAACCAAGAUUUUUUUGAGGAAAUGAAGAAUGGAGCUACUGACGAAAUAAAAGAUGAAAUGGCCAAGAGUGUGUUGCGUUCUUGGCUUAGAGAAUUUGAAGUUAUGAACGGGCAGGUGGCCUUGAGAAAACAAGAGACAGAGACACUGGCUGAGUUCAGAUUAGCCCACAAUGAACAGUACCAGAAGUACCUGCAAAGCAUGUCACAGGGGAAAACAGGAGGUUACCAAAUACAGUCAACAGGUAAUUAGAUAUCAGGCAGACUAAGGAUUUAUAUAACUGUUUAUAAUGGUAAAGGGACCGAGUGAAGCCCAAUUCGGACUGUAAUCAUACGAGUGAUUAACAAAAUCGGACGUCCGUUUUGUCAAUUACGAGUAUGAUUACUGACAUAAUUAAACGGCUCGAAGCAUGAGGGGACGCAAAUCGUCUGUACUGUAAGUAUCCCGGAGAGUCCCCUACAUUUUCUUAGACUAAAAGUGGGGACUGUAAGGUGUCAUAAUCCUGUUGCUGCUGACAUCGAUGUGACAGAUAAUUGCUUUGCACUGUUUUCUUUGCCGGCUUAUACUUGUCAUCAAGUUUCAAUUAGACGGCUAUCAUUUUUCACAAGAAUAAUGAAGUUUUCGUAAAUUGUGAGAUCGGAUGGGAUUAAAAUGGGAUUAAAUCACCUACAGAGCUUGAUAUGUACUUACAGUGCAGACGAUUUGCGUCCCCUCAUGCUGUUACCAGUUAAUCAUAACCGUUACAAUUUCCGAAAAAAACAUAUACAUUUGAGACAAACAUCUCUGGUAGAGACAAUUUCUAAAAGAAAAAAUCCUCCAUAUUGGAAAUUCCCCAGAUUUUUCAUUUUCAAAAUUAAAGCAGCUAAUUCACCAAUAGCAGUCGAGGAGAUUGUAGUGGUUAUGAUUAAUGAAAGAAAUGCGUCUCACCGAGGAAAAAUAAUUCAAAAUGCACGAAAUGUCCCAUUAGCACUAAUUCGUUACGAUACUGACCUCGAUACUCCCCAUUGAUGAUGUGAGUAACUAAAUAGAAACUUCAUGCAAGAUCCUUUAACUUUUUCGUUUUAAUCAGCGGUACAAAAAGUACCGAUGAAAAAUUUAUAAAAAGGGUGCCACUUCCCGCACAGCGCGUUAUGAUAAAUUAUAAAAAAUAGGACCCCGAAGAUUUGGUAUCAUAUACAUAUAGGCUUGAAUCGACAGUUAUGUCUAAUUACGCUGUUUCACAGAUUACCUCUCCAAGGCCCUCCUCUAUGCUGCAGAGGCAUAUCACACCCGAGGCGCCAUUCGACAUGUGGUACAGGGUCUUCAGAUGAAUGCAAUCUCCACGAGUCAAUAUUACACGCCGCUAUCAACUUAUGACCUGUGGGUGUCCAUGAUUGAAAACUGGGGAGAGGCGAAUAAAGAGUACAAACACUGUGGAAAGAUUUCCGUGGCGAAGUGCUUGAUGAAGAUGAGUAAGUACCUGUCGAGAAUGUUUGACGCGAUGCGAGUGAUCCGCCGUUCCCGUCUGCCAAAGAAAGACAGAAAAGGAUUGCUAGACUUCGGAACAAUGGACGACCCAGAGUUCGUGACUGACCUUCUACUGCGAUACCGAAGGAGUGGCAAGGAACCCUCGUCAGCAGCUAAUCAAUUUGUAAUCCUUUUUUUGGAAAAGUUCAAUUGUAAAAGUCCUUAUUCAAAAAAUUUGUAUUUUGGGUUGGAUUGUUUGAAAAAAAUCCAUGAGAAAGUGAAUGCCUACAACAAAAAGUUGGCUGCCAAUGUGAACGAGGCAGAGGGGAUGAAAUUCAUUUGACCCCCUCGAAACUAUUAUUGAAGAUCGUCAAAAAAGACAGGUGGAAAUGUAGAAAUUCACCAAUUAAGAAAAUUGCAAAUUCUCAAAAAUUACUAUAAUAUCUAAAGAAACGCUACAAAAACGACGUAUCCAAAAAAGUAUUCUCUAUUUACUCAUUUCACAGUUACUGUACAUUAAAUCAGUCUUUACUUAUCGUAAUGAUUCUAUUUAGAGCCCGGGCACUUAUAACCUUCUGGUACCUCAAGGGAGGGCGCUUCUUCAAAACAGGGCGUUUAUUUCUCUUCCGAAAUGUGAAAUGUGUGAAACAAAGCUUUGGUGUUUAUUUGAAAGGUAUUAAGAUGACUGAGACUGAAUGAAUUUGUUUCCUUGGAUCCUUGCUGGCUCGAACGACCAGCCAAGCAAUCGUCACAAAGUUUUAAGACGUGAUUAUUUGUUUUAAGGAACUGCGUACUUACCUACGUAGGAACCCCACGUAGACAUAAUGGUUGAGGGACAGUGACGUGGACCACUGUUUUUAUAAUGAGGCUUUGAGUGAAAAAUGGUGGGAAGUUGAGCUACAGUUGAUCUCAUUGGAAUAGGGGCUGCUUAUUAAAAUAAGAAUAUUUUUACUCAAAAGCGGCGCUCAUUAGCAAAAAUCAGAUUCAAGGGGGGGUGCUUGGUGGAGAGAGGCGCUUAUUGGAUUGAGGGCUCUAAAUUGAAUCAUUGCGGUACCGGAUAAAGAGGUGUCAAUAGAAACUCUUGUUUAUGAAAUUUUUAAGUGGUUCUUUAUGCAACAUCUGGCCAGGAAAAACCAUUGGCCGAAGAUUUCCUUGUUUCUCAUGGCUGUGUAGCUUAUGACUAGGGCACAACUGCGGCUUGCAAGUGGACAAAUUGUGACAACUUGGACAGUGGAGAUAGGACACUUAGCGUGAGAAUCCAUGGUUGUACUUCAGUGGUCAUAGAUUUUGAUUAAAAGCGAGGUAACUAAGAUAACUAUCUGCUGGUUAAUAUAGAUUGCAUUUGGAUAGUCUAAAAAAUUGACGAUCCCAACUUCUAAUCGCUCGACCACUGAAAACGAAGUCAGUCUGAUUUCAGGCGUGUACUGUUGAAAACUGCCAAAAUUGAAACUGUUGAAUCUACGUUGUAUAUUUGAACGAAGGAAUCAGAGUUCUUCAUUGAGCUUGUGGGUGAUAAAGGAACAGUUGAGGCCAAUGGCGCUAGCGAAAGAGACUACCCUUUGGGGUUGGGCUGCUCGAAGCAUACUUAGUUCCAGUCCAGAUUUUGUACGGCAAUGGCAACCUAAUGUGUUGUUUUGUUGCCAACUCGGGAUUAAAGUCAAACGUGCUACAACGAUCCCGACCAAGAAAAACUACUUUACUCUAAGUACCUAACCUUAAAGCAACAAGUUAAGUUCACGAGUUUAUAUUGGGCCUUGUCAAGUUACUUUAAUCGCAUUUAUCAAAAAGAAAAAAUAAUGAAAACUCUUUCUCAAAAGCCAACAGUUGUACCAAGUAUUGUAACACCAAAGUUAGAUUUACUGCUUCUGUAAACUCAGGUAAUCAUGCUGAAAUAAAAGACUGUUG